AUGUCUACCCCAAUUUUGCGCAGUUUUGUUGUCUUUAGAGACGACGCGCCCCCGUCCCCCACCAGCAGCAUCGCCUCCCUCGCCGACUCCGAACUCGCGCGACCACCGUCCCCCCCGCCGUCCAACGGGCCCUCUGCGCCUGAUAAGGAGAACCGAAAGGAGGGCGUGCUGGCUACGAAGGCCUACGUGCCUCCAGUGCCCAAGAAAACGAAAGAAACGAAGAACAGUCGCUCAUUCGGAAAAGAGGUCUCAGUUGCAGCACCCAGAAGCUCUGCUCAGCCCGUCAAGCGAAGGGCAACAUCCACUAGGCGAAAUGGGACGUCGUCGUCCUCUCGCCCCCGCCGAACCCCCGCGCUCCCCCAAGUGAAUGAGGAGCAGGAGACAGAGCUCGAACCGAGCAACCUCCGGCGAGCGGGUCUCUAUUUGUCGAAGGCCUUCGAGCAGGCGCCGUGCCUGGAAGGUGAACAUUCCUUGGGUGAGAAGUUGCGUCCGCAGGAAUUGUCCAAGGAUGCUGUCGAGGACGCCCAGUCCGUGUACGCGGCGUCGGACCGUGCUCCGUCGCCCUCCCCGUCCGUAUCUUCUAGGGGUUCGUCACCGUCCCGCUCUGACGCGGCGCUCUCCACGUUCUCGACUCCUGAACGCAAGCGCAUCUACUCUGCGUUUACUUUCUCUUCUCCUUCCCCUUCUAGCGCUCGGUACGCUGCUCUACGUGGAUCGAACGAUGCGCGGUUCUCGGACCCAACGUUCGAACUCUGA